CCGCCAGGCUGUCAGUCGUAAAGGCGACGUCGGGGUGAAGAGGCGGGACCGCAAGAGCUGCUGAGGUCGCCAACCUUGACUGAACCUGCUGGAGGUCUCUGAGAGCUUUCCAGAAACAGUGGAUAUACUCCUGACAUUUUGGAGCGCGGGAAGAACGAGAGACCCACCACUUGCAAACGUGCCGGCGACGUGUGAGAUCCUGACGCCGACGAGGAGAGUGACACCUUCUUCAGGAGCUAGAAAUAGGUCUCGUCGCCAUGGAUCACAAGAACUUCGACAGCCUCCUCUCGGCGAUCGGCCCAGGGAGGUGGACUAUCUUCAUGUUCGUCUCCUAUUUUUCGUGGGCGUUAUUACUACCCUACUUUUCGUUGGGCGGCGCCUUUUACAACCCUGUCGUUGACCAUUGGUGUAGCGUUCCUGAGCUGAGCAACAAUUCAUGGACGCUAGAACAACGUCUCAAUUACUCUGUUCCCUGGGAAUAUCGUGGUGGUCGCCUGGAAAGGUCCCAGUGCAGCGUGUAUGUAAGGAACUACGAAGCUGUUGCCGACCUCCCUUGGUCAGCUGACCUUGCUUUGACCCCGGAACAAGCCGUGACCCUGGAGACAAAACCUUGUAACCAAUGGGAGUUCGACAAAUCAGUCUUUCAAUCUACAGUUGCGAGUGAGUGGAAUCUGGUGUGCGACAGGGUCAGUCUGAGCCCCUUUUUCACUAGCUUCUACUUCUUUGGCGCCGCCGUCGGGGAGACGCUCAUGGGAUUCCUUGCCGACAAAUACGGCAGAAGAUGGGUCCUGAGAGUAUCCACCCUGAUUUUCCUUCUGACUGCCACGUCCUCUGCCCUCGUGCCCCUCUAUUCCCUUGUGCUUGCGGGCAGGUUCGUGCUGGGCAUCGUGCACACCAUCAUUGGCCCCGCUUACAUCCAAGGAAUGGAGGCGUGUCCUUCGAAGCUGCGGACUAUCCUCGGCCUCCUGUCCACCGCGCCCUUCGCUCUCACGGGCAUGUUCUUCGGCGCCUGGGCUUACUUCAUCAGGGACUGGAGGACUCUGCAACUCGUCUGCGCCCUGCCGGUCCUCCUGCAGCUCCUGUACAUGCCAUUCAUGGACGAGUCUCCCCGCUGGCUAGUUCAGCAAGGUCGACUGAAGGAGGCUGGCAAGAUCCUGAAGAAGGCGGCGCAGUGGCACGGUGUCUCCCUCCCGGCGGACAAGGAACUCAUGAUUCUGUUGGAGAAAUUCCAGGAGCAGAGCACUAGCAAGAGGGACACAGUAAGUGACGCCUCACAGGGUUUCAGUGGACGCGUUAGGAGCUGGUGGAUGGACGUCACUGUGCUGGUGCGCACGCCUAUCCUCAGGAAGAUUACCAUUGGGCUGUUCGGCUGUUGGUUCUGCACGGGUCUCACUUACUGGGGAAUGAGCCUCUCCGGUACCACUUACAGCAAGGACCCCUUCCUAUACGUGGUCCUUAGCUCCCUCGUGGAAGUCCCCGGCUACAGCGGCCUCACCCCCGUGGUAGGACGCUUCGGCAGGCGCUCUGUCCUCUCCUUCAACUUCGCCGUCUGCGCAAUCGCUAUCCUCACCAUCCUCGCCACGCCAAAAAGCUACACGUGGAUGAUCUUCUCCCUGGCGUUGGUGGGGAAGCUCUUCAUCACGGCGAGCUACGGCCUCAUGUACCUCGUGUCCUCCGAGCUCUUCCCAACCUGCGUGCGCUCGAGAGGCCUCAACAUGUCCUCGAUGAUGGCUCGUCUGGGCUCCAUCAUCUCCCCUUUCAUCAUUGAUGUGCUGGCAACGUCAUACUGGUGGUCGCCCUCGGUGAUGUUCGGCGCCUGUGCGGCCAUGGGCAGCGGCUUCGCCCUCCUGCUGCCAGAGUCGAACCACAAGCCCCUCGCAGACACGGUGGAGCAGCUGGAGUUCAUCUACGGAGACAACGCCAAGUCGUCCUCGAGGAGCAGCAUCGAGUCGGACGACCUCAGCUCCUCGUUGCGAAAGGAUCAACAUGACGAGCUGUGUCCGGGAUCGUCCGUCUGAGGAAGAUGAAGCUGUUCUUUUGCUCAUUUAGCUUACCGAGAGGCUUUCAUGUUAACUAUAUUGAUCACAUCACAUUUUAGCGGUUGUCAACUGGCGUGACGACUUAUCAUAGCCCGUGUAAUGGCUCACGAACAGGAAAAUCUGGAACUUGGCACAGGAUUAGCAAAUGGUUUGGGGGAAAGAUGAAUGAUUUUAUGGACAUUCGCCUCUCAUGUGUAUUUAAUUGCUCUUCACUGAAUACCGAAGUGUAAGGAAUUGUAUCAAUUGCUAACACACGAUAUAUGAAGAUCUUGUACUGCCAAAUCGUUGGUUUAUUUCUACUCUGCCACCUUCGUUUAGUAUGGAGCAAGGACUACUUUGCAUACUUAGCUUAAGAUCCUUUCAAUUUUCUUUUUUUUCAAUUGCCGGCUGUUGGAAUGUACAUAGCAGCUUAAACCUUCAAAUUCUAACCGUCCCUGUGCGUCGGUUACAAUUUUUCAUAUUAUGUGCGUAGUCGUGAAAAUAACAGAAUGGCAAAAUCGUCGGUGAAUGAACGGCCCAAGCUUAGGAUAAGUUGACAUGUGUGUUGAGAAGUCUGCAUUCAUAUAGUGUUAGGGAUCAUGGUUGUGAAUUCAGUUGCAAAAGAAUGAUUGAGUCGGUCAGCGCGCGCAGUUGUGGUCGCAAGAUAUUUCGAAGCCAAAGUAAUCACAUCGCUUUCAUCCUCCUUUUCAAUAAUCAUAAAAUCCAUCUCAUAUCUGCAAUCGCCAGAUGUUAUGCAUAUCUCCUUCAUCAUCGCGUUCACUUUUAGAAUCCAGAUAUCAUAAGCUUCACAACAUUUCGCGUUUUAUUGAUAAGUUUCAUAGAGAUGCCAAUGAAUGUAUAUAUUUUCUGAUUCUCACUGAUGGAAAGGCAGUAGAUUGUAAGGAAGAAUGCAGAGGAAAAAAGUAAAACAGAAUUCCCUUGAAAGAGUUGUUUGCAGCACAGUAGUUGUGUAUUGCAAGAACAGCUCACAUUGCACACAUAAUAAAGAAAGUCAAAAGAAUUUAAUAAUAAAACACACCAACAUCUUUGCCACACAUUCGUCCUAAAAUUUGUAAAAUCACCAAUUAACCUCCAAAAAUCUGCAUUUCUUCUCUUUUUUUUUUUCUUUUGCAUUGUGAAAAAUGUAAGAAAAUUCUUGCGAAUUCACAUUGGUUAUAUUUAUAUUUAAGUAAAUGUAAGAAAAUACAAGGAUUGAUGUGAAUAUGUGUGAUGAAAAAUUUAGUUUAGUACAAGGAAUGUGAAAUGAGAUACAUUUUUAUGUGAAAAGGUAAAAUAAAGUAUUUUUAAAAGAU